UCCUUCCCCCUCCCCUUUAAAAAUCCAAACCCCUCUCCUCCACCUCCAUCUCCAUUCCCAACCCAAACCCCCGCAACCGCAAAUCCCGCGCUGCUAGUGCUACCUAGGGUUCGCCUCCCUCCUCCCUCCCAAUGGCCGGCCCUACUCCUCCUCCGCCGGAGGAGGAGCCCUCCUCCCCUUCCCUGCGCCUGCGCUGCGCGGUGCAGCACUACGAGUGGGGCCGACGCGGGGAGGCCUCCCUCGUCGCCCGCCUCUCCGACGCCAACGCCGACGACCACGGCCCCGACCCCGCGCGCCCCUACGCCGAGCUGUGGAUGGGCACGCACCCCUCCGCGCCCUCCUCCCUCCUCGCCGACGGCCUCCUCAGGGACUGGCUCGCGCGCCACCCCGCCGCGCUCGGCCCCGCCGUCGCCGCUCGCUGGGGAGGCGACCUCCCAUUCCUCUUCAAGGUUCUGUCGGUGGCCAAGGCGCUGUCGAUCCAGGCGCACCCGGACAAGGACCUCGCCGAGGUGCUGCACGCGCUGCGUCCGGCCACCUACAAGGACGGCAACCACAAGCCCGAGAUGGCCAUCGCCGUCACCGAGUUCCGCGUCCUCUGCGGCUUUGCCGGUAUCCAGGAACUUAAGGACGUUUUAAGAACUGUGCCUGAAGUUGAAGACCUUGUUGGACCUGAAGAUGCUGCCAAGCUUUUGUCUGUGAAAGAGUACCAUGGUGUCAAUGAAGUAAAAUCCUGUCUGCGGUCAGCUUUUACUAAGCUAAUGACAGCUAGUAAAGAAGCGGUUUCUGAAGCAAUUACAAAAUUGAUUUUUCGCCUGAAUGCUGAGAGCAAGGUAAGGACCUUAACCGAGAAAGAAAAUCUAGUUUUGUCGCUGGAGAAACAAUACCCAGAAGAUGUUGGUGUUCUAUCAGCAUUUUUCUUCAAUUAUAUCAAGCUCAGUCCUGGUGAAGCACUUUACAUUGGUGCCAAUGAACCACAUGCAUAUCUAUCCGGGGAAUGCAUUGAAUGUAUGGCCACUUCAGAUAAUGUUGUUCGUGCUGGUUUGACACCCAAGUACAGAGAUGUGCAAACUCUUUGCUCUAUGCUAACAUACAAACAGGUCUUUCCAGAAAUCUUGCGGGGGGUUCCUGUACAGCCGUAUGUAAGAAGGUACACCCCUCCGUUUGAUGAGUUCGAAGUUGACUGCUGCUCACUACCACCAGGCGAACUGGUUGUGAUAUCCCCAGUGUCAGGUCCAUCCGUCUACCUAGUGAUGGCCGGGGAAGGCGAGAUCCAGGUAGAUUCCAUGCCAAAUGGUGAAAAGUCUAAACAAGGUGAUGUUUUCUUCGUGCCAGCAUACACCGAGGUUAAGUUCUCUGCCUCUGGUCCUGAGUGCAUGCAGCUGUACAGGGCUGGGGUCAAUAGCAGAUUCUUCAAUUAAUUUAGUGACUGCUGAAAGAGUUCCACACACAAUUGCUGUAGGUAAAAGGUCAGUGCUUACAAAAUACAAGUGAAAUGAUAUGACUAGUUAGCAAAAGUUACCAUAUGUACUGUAUAGGUCAACAAAAGAAUAAGUCAGGUUCCUUCAUAUCUUGAUUAUUUGUUCUUCCAAAGAGGUCUAUACCAUAGCGUUCCUCACGCAUCCAGAUCCAUCUGAAUGGAGAGGAUUACAGAGAAUAACUUUCAGCCAUUCUAUUCUAUUACAUUGUAGUUCAGAACUAAAAUGUGAACUGGUCUCAAGCUUUGACACCGAAUAUAGUUGGAAAUACUUACAGACAUGCUCCAUGUCUUUUCAUUG